ACGUCAAGUUGUCAUAUGUUUUGAAAAUAAAUAAUUUUAUUGAGAUUUUAUAAAUUUAAUUCAAUAAAAAAUAAAGAUAACAUGGACCUGUGCAGGGUUUGUCUUGGACCUAAACCCAAUAGGGAUAUAUUUUCCAAGUCACAAAAGACGAGAAGUGACAAUAAAAGUUUUGCCGAUAUUUUUUUGUUUUGUUUCGACAUACAGGUUGAUGAGGACUCAAAAAUCAGUACAAAAAUAUGUAUAAAAUGUUACAGUAAAGUUAAAACUUAUUAUAACUUUAAAUGCCAAGCUGUAAAAAGUGAUGCUUACUUAAAACAAUUAGUACACGAGGAAAGCAUUGUUAAAAAUGAAGUAUUUUUAAGAGAUGAUGAUGAUGAUAUAAAGAAUGAACAUGAACAGCCACCAUCACCAUUGAGUAAUGACACUCAGGAACCAGAGGUGAUAGUGAAGGAUGAGCCAAAGGACGAAGUUCUUUUUAAAAAUGGGGACGACUCUCAUGAUUAUGACGAUGACAAUGUGUUGUUAAGUGUAAUCAAGAAUUUAAAGUAUGAAUAUGUUGAAGAUGAUAGUAAAGAAGAAGAACCAGUAAAGAAAAAAAAGAAAAAGAAAGAUGUUGUUGUUAAGAGUAGCUCGGAUCCUGUUAGACAAAUAUGUGAAGAAUGUGGCAAAGCAGUGAAGGACCUGAAGGCUCACUCGUACCUCCACAUGCCAGUGUCCUGCCGCAAACGUUUUAAAUGCAAGAGCUGUGACAAAGUCUUCUCGAGCCACAGUGCACGAAACAAACACAACAAGAUAAAACAUUUAGGAUUAAAAAAGCAAUGUGACAUAUGCAAUAAAACGGUAACACAUCUCAAACAGCACAUACGCCUGAUACACAAUCGCUCCUCGCUACCGUUCUACUGCGUGUCCUGUGGUCGCAGGUUCAUUUCCAAGUCUACGUUAGACCUGCACAUGACGUCACACACCAGAGAUCGCCCCUUCCCCUGUACGGAAUGCGAUAAAAAGUUUUCUUGUAAACAAAGAAUGCUUAUUCAUAAACGUCAAGUACACGACAAGGAGAAGACGCACCUAUGUCAAUUAUGUUCUAAGAGCUUCUUCAAGAAAUAUCAUUUACAAGUACAUUUAAGGAGCCAUUCCAAAGAGAAGCCGUAUGAAUGUCCAGAAUGCGGCAAAUGUUUCUCCACCACUACAAUCCUGAAGAGUCACCGAGAGAUCCAUUCGGAGGAGAAAGCCUUUAAUUGCACUCUCUGCAGUAUGUCCUUCAAAAAAAGGAACUACCUAAAUGUCCACAUGGUCAGUCACACCAAGGUAAAGCGCUACCCUUGUCAGUACUGCGGCAUUAAGUUCGGACGGUCAGAUCAUCGCAAGCGGCACGAGUACACAGCACACGAGAAGAAUUUCAUCAGCGCCUAACAAGGAUACUAAGAUACACCACUUUCACAGUAUUCUAAGGAAUAUUUUUCGACGAUAACGCCAUCUAUAUAGUGUAAUUUUACAUAUGGUACAAGUUUAGAAGUUUUGUAAAAGUUAAUGAUACUAGCGGGAUUGAGGCUGCGUUUCCAUUGACGCGGAGCUGAGCGGAGAGGAGCAGUGAAGAGAGGUCAAAAGUGGUCAGUGUUUCCAUGUAAGCGGUGCGGACUAAGAGCACAGCGGAGCCUACUUUUACAAUUGCGUAUUUUUGCGCUUAGUUACUGUCAAUAUUUCAGAAAGACCAUUCGUCGUGUUGUGGAUUAAAAGGAAAAAAGGAAUCAUUUUAGAUCUUUCUCUACUUGAGAAGGAAUCAGAUGCCGUAGCAUUUACUGUUGCCCUCGCUGUCCUUCGUAUAGUUCGUAUAGUAGGUACUGACCCGCUGUCCUCCGCUCUGCACCCGAAUGCUCGUUGACCUCCGCACUGCAUUGCCUCGCUGUAUUUUUGUUAUGAAUAUCCGCUCAUCUCUGCUCCACCCCGCUCACGCUGUUUCCAUUGAAGCGGGGCAGAGAUUUCGACCAUAGUGAUUGGUCAAUUCGAGCACCGCUAAGCUCCUCUACGCGCCACUCCGCGCCAAUGGAAACGCAGCCUUAAACGGCUUCCUCAAUAUCAUCGUGCUUACCUAUUAACACUCGUCAUGAACUGUUGCGUUCCUGCUGCUCUAGUCUAGGCAAACGGACAUGUUCUAUUCAAUGUGACAUGACCUAUUUUACCUACUUAACAUUUACAAAACUAGUUAUAUCGUUUGUGUUUCUACGUACUGUAUUCUUACAAGCCUAUGUCUUCUAUACCAGUUUGAAUCUAUAAAAACUUUAUAUUUACGUUUUUGCAAAGACUUGUGUCAUUAACUUACGAACCUUCUUUAUUUAUAUCGGUGCGUCCAAAUCUAGUGGCUCAUUCGCUAGAUGUGAACGCACUAUGUCAUAUACAGUUUUAAUUUAGUUUUACAAUGGUGCUCUAAGUUCAAUGUCGUGAUUUACCAGCGUUGUAGCGUCUUUAUCUCGAAAAUGGUUGGACCAACUCGGUUAAAAUUGUUGAAUGCGAAUAACAAUGAUCAAUUGGAAACUAAAUUAUUAUUGAUGAUUAUUUUCAUAUUAUGGAAAAGAUAAAUUAUUUUAUUUGUUUGUUUAGAUUGUUAUAAAUAUUAUAGUUUUAAAAUUCGUUAUUUGUUGUUGUAAAUCUGGUAGAUAUCUGUUAAUUUAGAUCCGUCUUGGUAUCUGUGGCGUUAAAAUUUUGAUAUAGCGACAUACUAAUACGGUAGUUGACAGGUGGUCAAAUUCACUACUUUUAUUAAAAUGUGAAAAACGAUACUUGUCUAUGAAUUUU